CGGGGGCCUCGCGGCGAGCGGGCCCGAGCGGCGGGAGCGCGGCGGCGGGCGGCGGGGCCCUCCGAGGGGCAGGGCUGGCGGGGCCGCGGCGUUCCCGCUCCCGGGGCCGCAGACCUCCCGGAGAGCGCGGCGCGGCGCAGAUUAAAAUUCAAGAAUUAUAAACCAGGCACAGCAGAUUCUUGACAUGGAGAACAAAGCCCAUAAUACAACAGGGCUGAAGUUUGAGGCUUCAACAGCUACCUGUUUAACUAGUCUGGACAAUGACUGGGUUUAUGCCAGGUCCCUGGGAAUGCUUCAGCUGCUCUGAAGGAGAGCCCUGCGCUGGUAUCACCCAACAAGCUGACUUCUCAUGAGCCUGUGGUCUAUAAUCCUAACAACUACCAAGAGUCUUGUUUCAAACACAACAGACCCUCCAAGAGCCCAGACAUUACACCUAUCUGACUUACACAGUAUCCCCUUUGUCUAAAGACUUAUAUGACUCUGCCCACACCUGCCUGAUCAGAUUCCUCCCAGACACCAGCCAGAUGAUCCCAGGCUCCCCUCCUGGAGGAGCAGCACUGUCGCUCAGGUGGCACCCUUGAAUCUGAUCGUGCCUAGCCCAGGCUUGCUUUUCUACCCCUGACAGGCGUGACUAAAGUCCUCUGUUAUGAUAGCCAGAGGUACCUGUAGUAUUUACAUAUAAGAGUAUUGAGCCAUUUUUCAUAAUUACAAUAUUUAUUAGAAUUAUCUCACUCCAAAGAAAGUGUUGUUUUAUCUAUUUACUUAAUUUUUAGCUUGCUUUUUACUGUGACCUUAUUUCUGACAUAAUCUGCAUAAUGUAUUUUCAUUUUACUAUUUCCUUGUCUAAGUCAGAACUUUGGUGUCAGGGAGAUACACAUGCUACUGUCUGCACUAAGAAGAAAAUGCAGGCAGUAGUGAGUUUAUCAAUGUAUUGCAUUAUGAUACUAACUCUAUUUUAGAAAAUGUCAUUUUAAAAUAUCUAAUGUGCUGAAUAUACACUGUGAGCUCUGAAAUUAACCUUCAGUUUUAACUUUAAAAAAUUAACCUCUAGCUUUCUGACUUUUCCUAUUUACGUAAUUGAACAAUCUGAGGAAGUAAUGAUUCAGCUAUUCAGAGCAUUAUACUAAUGUUUCUUGUCCUCACCUUUCACUCAUUUAAAAUGCAUUUUACUUUUCUACAAUUGCCAGUGCUUCUUGUGAGGCUGAACUUCAGGAAUUAAUGGAACAAAUUGACAUCAUGGUAAGCAACAAAAAACUGGAUUGGGAAAGGAAGAUGCGGGCCUUGGAGACACGAUUAGAUCUUCAGGAUCAAGAGUUGGCAAAUGCACAAACUUGUCUGGAUCAGAAAGGUCAAGAGGUGGGACUACUUAGACAGAAGCUGGACAGUCUGGAAAAAUGUAACUUAGUGAUGACUCAGAAUUAUGAAGGCCAACUACAAACUCUGAAAGCUCAAUUUUCCAAACUAACGAAUAGCUUUGAAAGACUGAAAUUACACCAAAUGAAACAAAACCAAUUUCAACGAAAAGAGUUACAGCACCCUGAAGAAGAAAUACCCUUUGAACUGAGCAACUUGAACCAGAAAUUAGAGAAACAGGCACAAAGUUACCAGACUCAACUAAAUGGUAAGAAACAGUGCACAGAAGACAGCGGCUCUGAAACUCCUCAGCUGAUUCGUGAACCAGAUCACAGUUUUGAAAAAGAAAGAGAUGAGUUCAUUAUUGAAAAAUUAAAAUCAGUUGUGAGUGGAAUAGCAUUAAGCAGGAAUAAGCUACAAGAUGAAAAUCAGAAGCUCUUACAAGAACUGAAAAUGUACCAAAGACAGUGCCAGGCCAUGGAAGCAGGACUCUCAGAGGUGAAAAGUGAGUUGCAGUCACGUGAUGAUCUCUUGAGAAUUACAGAAAUGGAACGACUGCAGUUGCACAGAGAAUUAUUAAGAAUAGAAGAGUGCCAAAAUGCUCAAGAAAAUAAAAAAAGACUUGAAUCAUCUUAUUCACCUCCUCUUAAAGAACCAGAAAGGAAAAAGAAAGAGGUGUUUUCAGUGACCCCAGAUAAACCAAAUCAUGAAAAAGAAUUGAGCAAGAUAAGAAGCCAACUCUAUCAGGAGGAAGAGUACCGCAGCUCUGAGCGGGAAAGAAUGAGGCAUGAGAUCUGCGACCUAACAGAGGAGCUUCAUCAGAAGGAUAUCACUAUAGCAACAAUCAUGAAGAAAGCCUCCCUUCUGGAAAGACAGUUAAAAAUGGAGUUAGAAAUAAAAGAAAAAAUGUUAGCAAAACAACAGGUCUCAAACAUGAGGUAUAAAGCCGUCAGAACUGAAAACACACAUCUAAAAGGAAUGAUGGGAGAUUUAGACCCGGGACAGUACAUGACAAAUGAAAUUACUGAUAUUAAGGGUAUGGGCUUCACUAACAGGGAACAUUCAAGGUAUGCAUCUAUUAACAAACUGGAAUAUGAGAAUGAAAGGCUCCGAAACGAUCUUGCAAAACUCCAUACCAGUGUAAAAUCAGCAUGGGCUAAUCAAAAUACCUGUGAAGAAACAGGACGGUACGCCUACCACAGCCAAAUAAAAAUGGAAAAAGAUGAAGAUAGGCUCAGCCAAGAUCGUGAGCCGACCAGAAGCACAACGUCCCUGUCGCCGCCUUUGCCAUUUCAAACCAAAGAAAUGGCAAGUCCUUUGGUUGGUGAUGAUGAAGUAUUCCCACUGAUAUUGCUACAUCUUUUAAAAUCCAAUCUGGGAGGACUAUACAAGGCAGGGAACUUCAGUGACUCCAGAGAAUCUGAAUGGAUGCGAUAGAUGGGCUGAACUUUGAGUGAGCCUGUAAUACAGUGAGGGGCAGAGAUAUUUCAAGGUGGAAGGUCUUGUAAAAGGAGACACGAUGGCUUCCUUAAUUUACUCCAGUCCAAACAAGUUGAUGGCUUGGGGGUUAGGUCUAAUCCCAAAAGGUUUAAUAUACUUCCUGAAAGAGUUUAAGUGAUCAACAAGUGGCCAGCUAUGCCUUGUUUCAACUGAAAAAAGAAUAUUCAUAGGCUGAAGAAGUUUCCUUCCCAGGAGGGUUCAAAGACAGCCAGCCUUCAUCUAAUGAUGGGGAAGUGAACAAGGGAAGGAGAGAGAUCUUUAACCAUGACAUUACUGACCCAAAUGCAUGUUCUGGUCUACAUUCCUUAAAUUAUUACUCAACAGUUCAAGGGAUUAAAAGCUUUUUGAAAAGACUAGCUCCUUUCCACUUUCUACAGAACUGGCAGGUAGGGAGAUGAUACAGAUGACCCAAAUGAAAUACAACGAAGUCAGACACAUUUGCCUUGUAAUGAGAAAACACUCAAACAGAAGAGGACAGACUGGCUACAGGACUACACAAAGAGCCAUAAGAAAAAUUAAGCCUAAUAGAGUGGGUGAGGCAAGAUAUAUGUGCAUCAUUGCUCUUCUUGAUCUUUGAAGCCCAUGGAGAAAAGUGGAACAGGAACCCAGAGGAUGUGCAAACCCUUAUCCAGUUCUUGUACAGAUAUUCUGAAAGGAUCAAGAGGAAGCUACUCAUAUAGUUCCUAUCCAAUCAUUUUUAAAGUUUAAAUAUUACAUAUUUUUUAGUAUCUCAUUUUUAAUAUUUAAGCAAGUCUAUGGCAAAUAUUGUAGAGAACACAGAAUUAGACAGUUUCUAACUUUAGAACUUAUUAGAUGAUUCCUGAAAAAAAAGAACUGCAUCCAAAGGCAGGCAGGUACCUUCAGGUGACAGACGAUGGGAAGCAUUUUCAUUACAGGACUGUAAACGCUAGAGAUAUACGUAUGUACACACACACACACAUUUGAUGGUAAACUUCCCAAAAGAAAUCUAAGGGCCAUAAUUUCAAGAGAUUUUCUUCUUUUCUACCUCUAGCAAGUAAAUAAUGAUGUGCAUUUCUUUUGGGGAAAAGGGAAGAACAAUCAUCUCUUUUGUUUUCCUAACAACCCUGAGGCAGGUGUUACCCUCUCCAAUUUAAAGAUGAGUCCGGCUGCAGGUUUCCUUCCUAAUAGCACAUGAAGGAAAGAUGGAUGUGAGCUGCUCUGUCUUUAAAUUGACUGGGAGAGAAAGAGGGGUGUCUGCUGCUCUGUCUUUAAACUGACUAUAGGGAAAAUGGAAAUUUUAUGGCUAGUAUUCUCACUUGAUCUUAAUAUCACCCACUAUAUACAUGCAAUGACAUAAUACUUAACCUGCUUGCAUAUCCUUUAGAAGUAAACUGUUUAUAGCCAAUAUUGCUUUAAGAAGAGAAGCCUAUGCCUCGGAGCCCUAUGCUAGGAAGAGAGAAGAGAACAGGAAGAGAGAGGGAGGCAGGAGAGGGGAGAGCAGAGCCUGAUGCUAACAGCAUGAGGGAAUGGAGCUGGGGCCACGAGUGAAGGCAGCACCUGGGCAUUAGAGCCUGGAGCUGCGGCCAGAGACUGAGAUGGGUGGACAGGAGUCUAGCACUCAAUCUAUUCAUACCUUGGUAUGAGCUGCCCAUUUUUACCUCCAACAUUCCAUUGUUACUAUUUCGUCUCCCCAAAUUCAUAGUGAACUUGCCCAGAGCGAGGAGCCCCCUCCUCCCAGAGCAACACUGACCAAGAAGGAAAGAUGGGUAUGUGCUGCUCUGUCUUUGAACCGACCUGGAAGGAAUUAAAGCUGGUGGCUUCAGAGCCCGCAAAUACACAAACAUAUCUUGAUAUCAUGAUUUUUUUAAAAUGUAAAGUGAUAUCUUUUAAACCAAUGACAAUGAUUUCUAACCUAAUUCCUAUUUGCUCUUCAAGAAAGUUGGGCUCAGUAAUGAGGACUCUGAAAGCCAAGAGCCCCAGAUCCUCCCACAGAACCUGGCAUGGCUUUUUGUGAAACUCCUAGUAAAUCAUUCAGUUUUGCCUGGAAUCCAAUGAGUAACUGGGGAUAAUUUGGAAGCUG